GUACGAUGUAGCAAAGCUACUCCCUAAUUGCUGAUUCAGGCCUCAAGGAGGAGAACCAAGAAGCAGCUCAACCUAGGAGCACUGGCCUUGCGUCCCAGUGAAAGUUCACUUGAGGAUGAGUUUGUAGUAAGCCUCAGAGGACGAAUUCGGUGAGCCGGAAAAUGAUAAAGGAGAAGAGUACCACGGUGUUGGCAGAGGCCUCUCGUUGCAGCCGAGCCCGUAUCAAGUAAGUUGUCAUUCACAAGUUCUUUACUUCUCUUCAGUCCACUUCAAUCUCUUUCACCACGCCCCCUUUUAGCGCCUUUUCCAGUUCGAAAAUGAAUUCAGGCUACGAUCCACAGAGUGCGAACUCUCAAAUGGUCCCUAGUCAGUCCGAUGAGCAGGACGAUAGCUACCAGCAGAGCGGAGGACAGGACGACCAAGCUAUGUCGAAAAUGCAUCCUGGUAACGACGUGUACGGGAACGAGAAUCAGGGCGACGACGAUGAGGACCUUUGGUCCUGCCAUAGCGAGUCAUGCUCGGAUACCGAUGACGAGGAGGAGGAGGAUGAAGGAGGACAAGAUGGGUGGGGUGGAGAUGAGCAGGAUGGAACAGACCCGGAGAAUGAACAAGAAGACGAUGGAACAGAUCCUGCAAUCGAACCAGGGGAGGAUGGGACAGACUCUGCGAACGCACAAGGCGGGGAUGUGGACCAGGAGGAUGAAGACGAUCUCAAUGAUGAAGGGGUCUAUGACUACCAGCAUGACCAGGAUUAUGAUCCCGACCAAGCUCACUACGGCGGAGGCCACGAGGGGGCCCACGAGGGGGGCCACGACGGAGGGCAGUAUGGAGGCCACGAAGGAGAACAGUACGGAGGGCAGCUCGGGGGACAGGACGACGACGGAGGACAAUACUGA